AUGGCGGCUGAGUUGUUAGUGCGCUCCGGGCCUUUGGAUAUCUUUCUGCGGGACCGGGGUUGGCACAGGGUUCAGGCCGAGCUGCGGCACAGCAGCUUCAGGCUAAGCUGCGAGGAGAUGAGGCCCGAGGCUGAGGCCUGGGACCGGCUGUCGAACGGUUCCCCACGGCCUCGGAGCCCGAGCCCCGCGCAUAUGUGUCCAGCGGGGCCUGGGGCGGGAGACUUGAACUACAGUCCGCCCGCCCUGGAGGCUGGUAGCCCUAAUCCUGAGCUCGCAGCGCUGGUGGAUCGGGUGCGCACCGUCCGAGUGCUGAAGCAGGAGGCUGGCGGACUCGGCAUUAGUAUUAAAGGCGGCCGCGAGAAUCGGAUGCCCAUCAUUAUCUCCAAGAUCUUCCGAGGCCUGGCGGCUGACCGUACCGGCGCUCUCUUGGUCGGCGACGCCAUCCUGUCGGUGAACGGAACCCGCCUGCAGGCUGCCACCCACGAUGAGGCCGUGCAGGCCCUGAAGAAGGCUGGCAAGGAGGUGACACUCGAGGUUACUUACAUCCAAGAAGUGACGCAAUACUUUAAAAAGCCCUCAUUGAUUGCAGACCUUGCGUGGGACAGUCUGACACCUCAGUCUCCAUCUCUGCGAGGUGAAGCCUCUGGUUCUCCAGAUCACAGUGCUAAAGACAGCAAGACUUUUCCGCUGAAGAUGUGCUAUGUCACGAGGAACCUGAGCGUGUCUGAUCCGGAGAGCAGGUUAUUUGAGCUGCACUCCCCUGAUGGCAGACAUGCGAUCCUCCUGCGGAGCAAAGACGCCGCUACCGCACAUACCUGGUUCAUGGCAAUCCACGCCAGUAUCACAGCUCUGAUCCCUCAGGCACAGUCUGACUUAACUGAGCUCUUGGGGCCCAGUUGCAGGGCCAUUCAGCACCUUGGCUGGAUCGCAGAACAGCUGAAAGUAGAAGAUGGAAAGCAGCAGUGGAAGCCGGUGUUGGCAAUUCUCACGGACAAAGAUUUUCUGCUUUACAACAGUGUGCCCUGGAAUCGAGAUCAUUGGGCAUCACCUUGCCAAAGCCACCCACUGCUGGCCACCAGGUUGGUUCACUCAGGCUGUGCACGAGGGUCACCAUCUAUUCGUUCAGAGCUGGUGUUUGCUACACGGACUGGCUCACGACAAGGUGUUGAAAUGCAUGUCUUCCGUGUGGAGACUCACCGGGACCUGUCAAUGUGGACACGUAUGCUGGUUCAAGGUUGUCAUGGUGCUUCUGAGUUGAUUAAGGAGGUAACUCUAGGAUGCACUUGGAACGGGCAGGAUGUCAGACUGGUUGUUAACUACGAGAGUGGUUUUGUGAUGUAUCGGGGAAGUCCAACCAUGGAUCCAUCCAACAUCCUAUUUCAUUAUCCGUUUGAAAGGUUGAAGUCAUCAGCCGAUGAUGGAAUCAGAAUGCUAUUCCUGGACUUCGGGGGGCCAGAAGGAGAGCUGGCACUGGACUUGCACUCAUGCCCAAAACCUGCCGUCUUUGUCAUUCACUCAUUUCUUUCGGCUAAGGUGACACGGAUGGGGCUGUUGGUUUGAGGAUUGUCUGGUAAAACCUCAGCACAAAAACACCGAAGACUAUUAGGAAUGGAAAGUGCAGGAGAGUCAAGCCAGCUGAUGAUCUCACCUGAGUCGUAUCACACAACUCUCCAUGUUACUGAAUGUUGCCAGAUGUGCCUUUCUGUCUGAAUAACUGACUCCUAUAAUUGCACAUUAAGAUAUUAAUCUUAAGACAGUUGCUUUGCUUUGGAGUACACAGUUUUGUAGUUUGUAAAGGAUGUCUGCUUUAAACUAGCUGGUCUGGUGUUAUCCUGUGAUUAGUGCAACACCUUCCAGUCCAGGGGCAGCCCUCCUGCCUUGGUAGACAAAACCUGCUUUGUUACAAAGGCUGGACCUGUGUUCUAAUGCAAUGGAAUGAAUUGUUAUCUUUUAUUGUCCAGGGACAGAAUGUUGUAUAAACUACAAAGCUCAGAUUUGUAGAUUUGUUUCAGGAAGCCAUAAGUACCCUGAAGCAGCACAUUUCUUCAGACCAUCAGUAUUCCUGUGGUAUUCCUAGAAUAGGUUCUCAGCGGUGCGGAAUUGCCUGGAAUCAGUGACACUGAGCCGAAUGAAGCAAUGGUGCUGCCGUUGUGGCUCAGUACACUCACUGUCUAUUCAUGCUAAUGUCGGUGUAAAACCAGAAACCAGAGGUGUGUGCAGGAUGGAAGUGGUGCUGGUCCCCACCCCAACACAGCCCUAGAAAAUAGGGUAGAAUGAGUAUUCUCUUGAACAGGUCACAGUUAGAGGUGGGAGUGCAGGCUGCUCAUCUCUGUGGCUAGCAGUGAAAGACAGGCUGACUGGUGUGAGUCUCAGCUCUGCUCUCAGUGAUCAACAGUAUCUCAUCUCCCAUUUUUCAUUCUGACAGCAGCCUUCAGCACCUCCCAGCGUGUGGUCACCAUGCAGCAGGGAGGAUGUGGUUAAGGUGAGUGCAGAAGAGCUUCACAACAAAGUUGUAAAAGUCAAAGCUGCUGGGAGUUGGGAACCCUGUCAAGGGAAAAAGGUCAGGUAUAGGCAGCUGGGAUCAUGAAUCUCUAGUAGUAUAUAGUGGGUGUCAGAGGAAACGCAAAAGGAAAUUAGAAUGGCAAAGAGGGUCCUUUGGCAGAAAAAAUAAGGAGGAUCCUGAAAUACUUUUGAAGUGUAUUAAGGGAAAAAAGUGCCUUGGGAGACAAAACCUGUGGCUCUUAAAUACCAAGACAGAAAUCUGUGUGUGGAGCAGUUGAAGAUGGGCAGAGGUCCCAAUGAUUAUUUUGUCUUUGUUUUUACCAUGGAGAGAGGUGUUAGUGAAGAUGUUUUGGGAGCAGUCCAGGUUACUGUAGAAGAGCUGUCGCUUGUGUUAGAACAUAUGAAGAUAGAUAAAACGCUAUUCGAAGCUAGAAAAGAAAUAGUGGAACACUUGCUGAAAUAUUUGCAACAUUGCCAUACUCUGGUAAUAUACUAGAAUAUUGGAGGGUAGAAAAUGUUUUCCUUUAUUCAAGAAUAGCAGGAUAAAAGACCAGUUAGCCUUGCAUCCACAGUAGGUAAAAUGCUGUACAGCACUCUGAGCAAUAAUAUAUAUUUACUUUUGGAAAUGCAAGGGUUGAUUUGUGGUAUCUAGUGUGGCUUAGUGCAUAGGAGAUCCGUCUUAUGAAUUUGAUUGAGUUUUUCAAUAAAGUAGUGAGGAAAGUUGAUGAGGGGAGGACAGCAGACACCAUCGCUCUCAGGUUCUAAGGAUCGCACAAGCCUAGGUAAUGAUAGAGCUCUAGAAGAUUAUAAGGCUAGCAGGAAGGAGCUUCAGAAUGAAAUGAGGUGAGCCAGAAGGGGCCAUGAGAAGGCCUUGGCCAGCAGGAUUAUGAAAAACCCCAAGGCAUUCUACAAGUAUGUGAAGAGCAAGAAGAUAAGACGUGAAAGAAUAGAACCAAUUAAGUAUGACAGUGGGAAAGUGUGUAUGGAACUGGAGGAGAUAGCAGAGGUACUUAAUACUUUGCUUCAGUAUUCACUAUGGAAAAGGGACUUGGCAAUUGUAGGAAUGACUUACAGUGGAUUGAAAAGCUUGAGCAUUUAGACAUUAAGAAAGAGGGUCUGCUGGAGCUUUUGGAAAAUAUCAAGUUGGAUAAGUCUCCGGGAUCAGAUGAGGGGUACCCCAUGCUACUGUGGGAGGUGAGGGAAGAGAUUGCUGAGCCUCUGGCAAUGAUCUUUGCAUCAUCAAUGGGGACGGGAGAGGUUCCGGAGGAUUGGAUGGUUGCAGAUGUUGUUCGCUUAUUCAUGAAAGGGAGUAGAGAGAGCCAAGGAAAUUAUAGACCAGUGAGUCUUACUUCAGUGGUUGGUAAGUUGAUGGAGAAGUUCCUGAGAGGCAGGAUUUAUGAACCUUUGGAGAGGCAUAAAAUGAUCAGGAAUAGUUAGCAUGGCUUUGUCACAGGCAGGUCGAGCCUGAUUGAAUUUUUUGAAGAUGUGACUAAACACAUUGAUGAAGGUAGAGCAGUAGAUGUAAUGUAUAUGGAUUUCAGCAGGGCAUUUGACAAGGUACCCCAUGCAAGGCUUAUUGAGAAAGUAAGGAGGCAUGGGAUCCAAGGGGACAUUGCUUUGUGGAUCUAGAAUUGGCUUGCUCACAGAAGGCAAAGAGUGGUUGUAGAAGAGUCAUAUUCUGCAUGGAGUUCGGUGACCAGUGGUAUGCCUCAAGGACUUGUUCUGGGACCCCUUCUCUUCAUGAUUUUUAUAAAUGACCUGGAUGAGGAAGUGGAGGGAUGGGUUAGUAAAUUUGCUGAUGACACAAAGUUUUGGGGUGUUGUGGAUAGUGUGGAGGGUUGUCAGAAGUUACAACGGGACAUUAAUAGGAUGCAAAACCGGGCUGAGAAGUGUCUGAUGGAGUUCAACCCAGAUAAGUGUGAGGUGGUUCAUUUUGGUAAGUCAAAUAUGAUGGCAGAAUAUAGCAUUAAUGGUAAGACUCUUGGCAGUGUGGAGGAUCAGAGGGAUCUUGGGGUCUGAGUCCAUAGGACACUCAAAGCUGCUGCGCAGGUUUACUCAGUAGUUAGGGCAUAUAAUGCAAUGGCCUUCAUCAACCAUGGGAUUGAGUUCAAGAGCCGAGAGUUAAUGUUACAGCUAUAUAGGACCGUAGUCAGGCUCUGCUUGGAGUACUGUGCUCAAUUCUGGUCACCUCACUACAGGAAGGAUGUGGAAACCAUAGGAAGGGUGCAGAGGAGAUUUACAAGGAUGUUACCUGGAUUGGGGAGCAUGCCUUAUGAGAGAGAAUAAGUUGAGUGAACUCGGCCUUUUCUCCUUGGAGCGAUGGAGGAUGAGAGGUGUCCUGAUAGAGGUGCAUAAGAUGAUGAGAGGCAUUGAUCAUGUGGAUAGUCAGAGGCUUUUUCCCAGAGCUGAAAUGGCUAAAACGAGAGGGCACAGUUUUAAGGUGCUUGGACUUGGGUACAGAGGAGAUGUCAGGGGUAAGUUUUUUAUGCAGAGUGAUGAGUGUGUGGAGUGGCUGCCGGCAAUGGUGGUGGAGGCGGAUAUGAUUGAGCCUAUAAGAGACUGUUGGAUAGGUAUAUGGAGCUUAGAAAAAUAGAGGGUGAUGGGUAACCCUAGGUAAUUUCCAAGUAAGUAUAUGUUUGGCACAGUGUUGUGGACCAAGGGCCUGUAUGUGCUGUAGGCUUUCUAUGUUUCUAAGCAUCCCCACCAUGACAAGGUGGCAGUACUCCAGAGAGGCUACAUCCUGGUUGUCAUGGUCACGUGCAGCCUGAAGGGCCUUCCUCCAUGCUGUGAGGAGAGACUGGAGAGGCUGGGACCAUCUCCCUGGAGCAAAGGAGGCUGAAGGGUGACCUUAGAGAAGUUUAUAAAAUCAUGAGGACAGAGGCAAGUUGGAUGGUCUGUCUUUUUUUACCAGGGUAAAGGCUGAGGAACAGGUUUUUCCACACAGAGGGUGGUGGCUAUACGGUGUGAACUGCCAGGGUAAGUAAUAGAAGAGGCAGGUAUAAUAACAACCUUCUAAAAGGCAUUUGGGUUACUUCAUGGAUAGGAAAGGUUUAAUCAGUUAGGGAUUUGUGCCAAAUGCAGAUAAAUGUGAUGAGUUCGAGCAGGUACCUUGGUAAGCAUGGAUCAUUUGGGGUGAGGGGCCCAUUUCCCUCUGUAUGAUUUAGUGAAUCUGUGGAUAUGGAAUCUGAAAGUUUCCUGUUUGUUGUAACCCACCAUAGCUCGUGAUAUGACCGAGCAUCAUGCUGCUGAAAGAUGGGGUCCAUGAAGAGCUGGUUGUGUUGGUGGUUUUUUUGGAAACGGCCUCCUCAGCCUCACAUCUGUUCUUGGAAAUGUCAGGCUUUCUGCAUUAAAAAUGAGCAUUGAAGUUGCCAUCUCAAAGAAAUAGCAGGAUUGUUUCAGGAUUCUCAGUUUAUGAUGACCCCCUCCUUUAGGGAAAACAUGUGGUCUUACACAGAUUGAUGAGGGAUCGGAUAAUGUUGAUCAAAAAGAAUCAUUUCAUCACUGAAACCCACAGAAUCACUGUGGCUCAGUGGGUAGAGCCACUUUCCAUCAGCUCCAGAGACGCAGGCAUAUUUCCAGCCUCUGGUGCCAAUUGUGACCCUGGGGGCUUCCACCAGGUGCUCCAGUUUCCCAAAUUUAAUUGCCAGCUUUAAGUUUCAGUUUGAGGAGGUGCAUCAGGAUUUGGGAGGUUGAUGGGCUGAAGGGCCUUUUACUAUGCCUCAUUACUCUGACUGUAACAUAGCCUCUUGCCUCUGGGGUAGAUAUACCAACCUUGCAUAACCCUUGGGUAAUAAAUAGGGUCUACCUGUUCCUUGGGUAUCUCAGCCUCUCUUGCCUGCGCCUUGGAUGAAAGCUGGCACAAGGUAGCCUGUGAGUAUAUUGUACCAUUCAACCUGGUCUUGGCUACAACCACUUUCUUUCCUUGACCAAAAGGGCCUGAAUAUAAUGUGACUUCAUCUCAGUGAGAGGAGAUUUUGAAACUCGUCACUCUCAAAAAAAAUUAUUUCUCUUCCCUUAACUUCAAUUUGCCACUGCUUAUUGUGAAACAACAUCCUCUCAACAUUUACUUUGUCAAUUGUUUUCAAUCUUACCUCCCAUUGUCUCAUUAUUUCUGCCAUGAAGAUAUUGAUGGAUUAAGAAACAAUGUAGUGAACCUUCUCCAAGCUAUCUGCAGGCAAGGAGAGCAAAAUUGUGCAAUACUCCUCAAGUGGUUUCUCCAUGUAUAAUCCCUGUGUUUGUGUCCAUCCCCCUGCAGUAAAGGCCAGCACUGCUGCAGCCGUAGUCUGUUGUCUCUCUAAUCUCUUAUCUUUAGUAAUGUAACAUUUCUCAACAUUCUUUGUCCCCCUCACUUAAAUCAGUUCACACUACUUCCCCUGUUCUCCUUACUUACCCCAUCUCUUCACAUAGUCUGUAAAUUUGGUUCCUUCAUUCACAUACACCUUCGUUAGUAAUUGAUGCCUUUAGUUACGCUUAACAAUCUGAAGAUGAUUUGAUGACCUUGACUGUUCAAUCUAAUAUAUUAGCCCCAGGACUACAACUCUUUUCAUGCACUGCAAUGUUACGUGGUAGCUUACUGAAUAAUUUUGAAAUCCAAAGACCCUGUCUCCCAGAAUAACCAUCCCAGCUUCACUAGUUGCUUGGGCUACCGUCCCAUGCAUAUCAAGGGACACAAGAAGCAAGCAAUGAGAGGACCCAUUGCUCUGACUAUAAUUGGAUUGUUUAGUGAAGAUAACUAUCUGCAGAUUCUGCCCUUAACCUGUUGAAUGGUGACUGACAGCAAUGCUUACCCGAUUGUUAUAUUUGUAACAACCUCUUUACUGUAGACAAACACUCCAAAUCAGUGAGUUGAAGAGUGCCUUAGAGGAAGCUGUCCUAUCCCAGAAGGCAGGAAAACAGUUGAACUUCACAUUUGAUUGAAGAGUAAUACAGCUCCUGAGAAUCAGGAGCAAUCUGCAAUUGCCAAGGAAAUUCUAUUUUUCGAACUGUCUUGCUCUUGUAUUGUGAUACCAAAGUUACAUGGGUGGGAAGAUUGUCAGAGGUUUCCUCAGGUAUCACCCACCCAUGAUUAAACAAAAGACUGUUUCAGCACUGGAUUCCCAGUGGUACCACUUUGUACAUCACAUGUAUAGAAAUAAAUUAUCCAGUUUACUUUUUUGCUGAUGUUCUAGUUUUUAAAACACUUUUUGCUAGUUGGUGUAGUGAUGUGUAACAAGAUGACAUGCAGAUGGAGGAGGGGUGGAAUGUAUUCUGUUCAAUAUGAUACAGAAACGAUGGGGAAGGGACUAAACAACACACACUAAAGGGUGAAGGAACUCAGUAGGCCAGGCAGCACCUAUUGAAAAGAGUACAGUCUAAAUGUCAACUGUUCAUUCAUUUCUAUAGAUGCUGCCUGUCCUGCUGAGUUCCUCCAGCAUUUUGUGAGCGUUGCUUGGACUUUCAGCGUUUGCAGAAUUUCUCUUGUUAGGGAAGGGACCGUUAGAAUACUGAGCAGUGUUGAACAAACUUAGCAGUUUGAUAGUUGAUAAGAUGUUAGUUGUUUUAUUAUUGCCACAUGUACAUUGCAUUCCCUUCAUACACAUCAUUUCAUCAUAUGGGUUGUACAAACUAAAACAACAACAGAAUGCAGUAUCAAGUGUUACAGUUACAGCAUGGUGCAGGCAGACAAUAAAGUGUAAGGCUGGAAUGAGGUAGAUUGUGAACUCAUCCAUUGUAUUGCAUUAGGGAACCGUUCAAUAGCUUAAAACAGCAGGAUAGAAGCCGUUCUUGAGCCUAGUGGUACCUGCUUUCAGACUUUAGUAUCUUCUACCUGAUGGGAAGGGUGAACAGAGCAUGUCUUUGGGUGUGGGGGGGCGGUGUAGUGGGAAAUCUGUGAUUAUGCUGCUGUUUUGCUGAGGCAGUUAGAAUUAUAGACAGUCUAUGGAGGAGAGGCUGGUUUCCAUGAUGUGCUGAGCUAAGUUCACAACCCCCUACAGUUUCUCAUGUUCACGCGCAGAGCAGUUGCCAUACCCAGCUUUGAUGUGUCUGGAUAGGUGAUUUUGCAACAAUAAAGUUUGAUGAGGGUUGGUGGGGACAUGCCAAAGUGUAGUGCAUUGGUGAGCUUUCUUGGUCAUGGCUGGACCCAGACAGGUGAUGCUCACUCAUAGGAACUUGAGGCUCUCAACCCUCUUGAGCUCAUACAAGAGCGUGUGCACCACCCCCUUCCCUUCCUGAGGUUGAUGACCAGAACUGACUCUUGGAAAGAAAUCGAGGGCUGCCCAAUGGGAAUUCCAGUUAAUGGUGUGUUAUUCCACUGCAUUUGGGCUAGGAUGUAUCAGUGGUGAAUGCAACCUCAUGGCUGCAGAGAACUGGGUUCAAUCCUGAUCUCAUAUCCAUGUGUGGAGUCUGGUGAUCUGGUUUCCUUCCACAUCCCAAAGGUCUGAUGGUAGCUGAAAUAGCCCAGCAAAUAACCUGGAAUAUAGACCAAGUGACAAAAGAAUCAAAGGAGACUCAGUGGGCAAGUGAGAAAGGACUUUUAGGGGCAUCUCUGGACUGGAACUGAUGGGAUUGAGGCCAAAUGGCCCCCUUAACUGUAAUAUGUGAAGAUCUGAGCAGGUAUAGGGGCUAUUGAAAGCCCCCCACCCCAGUACUAUAGGAUGGAUUCUUCACCUCAUAAUUAACCUUGUAAUGAGCUUGCAGAUCAGAAUCAAGUUUAUUGUCACCAAAAUGUGUUGUGAAAAUUGUUAACUUAGCAGCAGUUCAAUGCAAUACAUAAAAUAUAAGAAAAAAAUAAAUAAGU